GCUCAUGAUUUCAUUUCAUUUCCCAGCAACCCCAUGAGGUAGCUAUUAUGUCCCCAGCACACAGAUUAGGAAACUAAGUUAGGGAAGUUAUUGAUUUACCCGAAACUACACAGGUGGUAAGUUGGAGAGCCUGGGUUCAGACCCAGGUAAGUCAGACUCCCUGUUCCUUUCUCGAAAGCAGUGAUUCUUCCCUCCUCUACGGAGGCAGGAGUAUAAAAAAUUCUCUUGGCACUGGUGUCUUAAUGGAGGUCCUCUCUCCUUGCAGGGCUUUGUUCUCUCAGCGGCUGGUGGAGUUCAUGGCCAGUGGGCCGAUCCGAGCCUACAUCCUCGCCCACAAGGACGCCAUCCAGCUCUGGAGGACCGUGAUGGGACCCACCAGAGUGUUUCGGGCACGCCACGUGGCCCCAGAUUCAAUUCGUGGGAGUUUUGGCCUCACCGACACCCGUAACACAACCCACGGCUCAGACUCAGUGGUUUCAGCCAGUAGAGAGAUUGCAGUCUUCUUCCCCGAUUUCAGUGAACAGCACUGGUACGAGGAGGAGGAGCCCCAGUUGCGCUGUGGCCCUGUGCACUACAGUCCCGAGGGUGGCAUCCACUUUGCUGCUGACCCAGGCCUGAGAGUUGGUGAAGACUGGGGCAUCGCCCAACCUUCUCCACAGACCUCUGGUCCCAGAGCAGUCUUCUAGGACUGCUUGGGCCAU